AUGAAUAAUGGAAUUAGAUACAUCUCAGAAAAUCGAUCUUAAGAUCUAGUAUAUUAUUUUCCAAAUUGCACAUCAAGAAAUCCUUUUCAUAACAAUUAGUAUUUGUUUUUAUUUUUUUUAGAUCCAAUAAUUCUGAUACUUUAGCAUAGUAGGAUAUUAAUUCCUCUGUAAUAAAGUCUACUUUUAUAGCAAAAACACUAAUUGUAAUAGGUGUUUUAUUCGGAAUUAUAUUGGUAAUAUUAAAGAUGUAGGGUCAAAAUUCAAUGUUAUAAGAAUACUUAUUUAAUGUUUAUACACUUAAAAUCUAAGUAACUUCAUUUACUUUUGGCUUUAUUUUAUUAAUUGUGAUCAUAGCAAUACCCAUUUAUCAAACUUAAUUUAAGGAAGUAUUGUUAUUUAAAUAUAUAAAAAGACUCAAGCUCAUAAUAUAAUAGGUUAAAUAUUAUAGACAUUAUUCUUUAUUUCAUUUAUUAUUUCAGCUGUUACUUUCACUUAUUUUCUGUUUAUUUAUUUUAAUAACGGAUGUAAUAUCCAUUUAAAAUUAUUUUUAGAUUAUCUAGUAUUAAGCACUAUUUUAUGCUUAUUUUUAGUUAAUAUAGCAUUAGCAAUUUAUGUAGGGUGCAAUAAAUAAUAGUAUAAUCCUAAAAGUAAUAUAAUAUUUUUUAAUUUUAGAAUAAGGUAUCUGUAGCAUAAUUUUAAUAUGGAUUUUUUCAAUUUUAUCAAUUUUCUACUUUUUAAAUAUUUGGUGGUAAUUAUUAAUUUGUGGAAUUUUAAUUAUGACAUUUGAACUCUUAGUAAUUCAUUCUGUAAAAUUCAUUAUAGAAGAAUAUGUAUAAAUCAUCAUUAAAAUAUAUAGGAGUUUAAAUUAACCAAUUAAGAUUAUAUAAUAUCAGUCCCACUCAUUUUUUUUGUCACUAUAAUUUCAUUUUUAGCUAUAAUUUUUAUUAUUGUAAUAAUUAUAGGAUUAUUAUGCAAUUCAAAGAGUUCAGAAAGUCUAAUUGAUGAUGAUAGUUGA